GGCUUAAAUAAGGAUCAGGAUUCUGGAUUGAAAGGCCGUUCUUGUUGGCUCUUAGAUUUGCCGGUUUAGGGUUCCGUCUCCGAUCUCAGCUAAACAACUCAGUAUGUCGACCAACUCCAAAUUCAGCGUUUAUGUAGGUAAUUUGGACGAGCGGGUGAGUGAAAGAGUUUUAUAUGAUAUUCUAAUUCAGGCAGGGAGGGUAGUUGAUCUGCACAUUCCUCACGAAAAGGAAACCGAUAGGCCUAGAGGUUAUGCUUUUGCAGAAUAUGAAACUCUGGAGAUUGCUGAAUAUGCUGUUAAACUUUUCUCCGGUCUUGUCACUCUCUACAAUCGGACACUCAAGUUUGCGAUUUCUGGGCAAGACAAAGCUUCAAAUAAUGCUGCAUCCACAGCAAUGCCCACAACCAAUAUUUCUAACAAACUGAGGUCUCCCGUUGUACCUAUUAGCAAUGUAGAAACCUCACAGAAUUCAAUGGGCUUAUCAACACCCUGCAGAGUUUCAGCACAUGCAGAAAAUUAUCCCUCAGGUUCUCCUUGAUGAAUCUGCAUGGCACAAUAAUAGAAACGCUUGCAAAGUGUUCAAGUAAUUUCUUGCUAGGAUUUGAAAAUGAAAGGUGCAAAAAUGAUUCUUUGGAAAAAAAGGAGUAAAAAGUUCUCUAAUUUUUUCUUCGUUUUUCUUAGACUAGUGUUUGGUGGUCAGAUUGAUACUGGAGUGUUCAGGUUGACUGUGGAGUUGCUUUUUGGCUUCAAGCAUAGAAAUAGGGUGGGAAUGUAGAUUGUGGUGAUCUGCUUGCGAGUAUUUACAAGGUCGAUUCAAGAUCUGCAUACGGAUUCUAUCUCAUUGUCUGAGCUGCUGUUUUUGGGUUUUUUUUUUCCGGUAAUUUACCAGUGCCACUAGGACGGACCUCGGCCAAUUUAUUAGAGUUAUAAAGACUUAAUUGGUCUAUUACCAAUUCAAACUCAAAUCACUGAACUUCUCUGCAUUCAUAGCUCCGCCAAUUUCACUGAAAUCCGAUUGAUGAUUAUUCAACCGACC